AUCUUGGCCGCCAGUGCGCCUGCGCGGCGCCGUGUGUCAAUCAAAACCCUGCGCCCCGCCCCCUCAGCUGGAAUCCCUUCCUUCAAGUCCAUCUAAGGACAUUCUAUGGACAAGGGGCCUAAUAAAUAGCCCCAAAAUCACACAGAUGUCAAUGUAAAUCCUCAGAAGUAGACCAACUCAGCCGAAAAGGUCCUGUGCAGGGGCUGUGGGCACAUCUGCACUGUAGAAAUAAUGUGGUUUGGCCUCACUUUUAAGUAGUAUGGCAUCAUCCCUGUGGGAUCCUGGGAUUUGUAGUUUCACAAGGGCUUCCAGCCUUCUCUGGAGCCAAAUGGUGCCACAAAACCACAGAUCCCUGGCCUUGUGCUGGUCUAUGACUGUAACAAAGAUGAACUGAAGCACUUAUCCCAGGAUUCCAUAGGGAUGGGGCCAAACUGCAUUGUUUCUGCAGCAUCGAUGCAUCCUCCUUUGACCGCAGUCCCAUUUGUGCCAAUGCAACAGCAGAAAGUGGCGUUUUGUUUAAGAGGAUUGACCCUUGACCUGGAAGAAAUGCUCCUCAAGGCUCCUCUGCCUUUCUCCCAAAGGAUGCUGGCACUCCUGCUUCGCUUCCUGGCUGUCUUCAUAGUGAUUCCGUUUAAGCAAAGUUUUGGGAUAAUAAACUGAAAACAAGCUUUUCAUUGAGAUUUGAAAACAAUGGCGGAAGGAGCGGUCCAGAACUGUGGCUUGCAUCCUUUCCAGGAGCCACUUACAAAUGGGAAUCCAUUCUGGAGGAUGCUUCUGAACAUGUGCAGAGUGCUUCUCUCUUUCCCUCUCCUUCUGCCUUUAUUUGACAUCUUGCCCAGUCAAUUCCUUAAGACUAAGCCCUUUGUUUUUGCUGCGGUGACAGACUUAUGGCAGCAGCCUCUCCUUGCUCUUUCUCCAAAGUUAAGUCUCAGAUUAGCGCGUCCCAUGAAGACGUCACUUUCCAUUAAGCCGAAAGGGGCUCAAGGUGGCAAAGGCGACCUGCCGUGAUCUUCCACUGAGAUUAUCAAGCGGUGACGCCUCCUUGUUCCUUCGGCCUCCAUCCAGUCUUGCAAGGAAGUAUGACUCCUCUGGGACAGAAGGCACCCCAAUGAUGCCCCGUGGACUCUGGGAAUUGGGGAUCCCGGCCUCGCCACCGUGUCACACUCUGGUCCUGUUUGGCCAAGGGGAUUCGGGACAGCGCCAUGUGGGAACGGCUGAAGAAAGCCUUGCUGAGCCCCUUUACCAUCACCGCCACAGGGAUCCGGAAGAGGCUCCAGGUGUUUUGGACCAAAAACGGCCUCUUGAUCCUCUCCUUGCUCUCUGUGGUGACUGGCUGCAUCCUGGGCUUUUUGCUGAGGAGGUUGCAGUUGUCUAAUCUGGAGAAACAGUACUUCUCUUUCCCAGGAGAGCUGUUGAUGAGGAUGCUGAAGAUGCUAAUUUUGCCAUUGAUCACCUCCAGCCUCAUGUCCGGCUUGGCCACUAUGGACUCCAAAGUGUGUGGAAAGAUGGGUGUCAUCACCAUCACCUACUACCUCUGGACGACCUUUCUGGCUGUGACGACAGGGAUCAUCCUGGUGGUCACCAUCCACCCUGGAGCCGCAGCCCAGAAGGAGGAUUACUCGGUCGGCAAAGUGGUGCUCAGUUCCGCAGACGCUUUACUAGACCUCAUCAGAAACAUGUUCCCUUCCAAUCUCAUUGAGGCCUCAUUCCAACAGUACCGAACGGUCCUUGUACCUGUGGUGAAGUCCUCGGGAGACCCAAAGACAGCUAAGAAGUCUCUGAGUUUUAUUUACUUCAUGCCAGAUGCUGAAAAUCCAAGAAUCCAGCGGCCAGUGCUCCUUGAGAUCACACCAUCUCCAGAAAUGACUUACCGGACUCUCCCUGGAAACAAUAAUGAAAUGAAUGUCCUGGGAAUUGUCAUCUUCUCAGCCACAAUUGGUUUCCUUCUGGGAAAAAUGGGUGAGCGCGGGGCACCGCUGGUCAAUGUGUGCCAGUGCCUCAAUGAAGCCGUAAUGAAGAUCGUCUCCAUGGCUGUCUGGUACUUCCCUUUCGGCAUUGUCUUCUUGAUCGCUGGAAAGAUCUUGGAGAUGGAAGAUCCUUAUGUGAUUGGGAAGAAACUGGGCCUGUAUGCCAUGACUGUUGUGAUUGGGUUGGCCAUCCACAGCCUUUGCUUCUUGCCUCUCCUCUUUGUGCUCCUGACUAAGAAAAACCCUUUCUCCUUCAUCCGGGGCAUCCUCCAAGCUUUGCUGAUUGCUCUGGCAACAUCAUCCAGCUCAGCCACUCUGCCCAUCACCCUGAAGUGUCUUCUAGAGAACAACGGGAUCGACCGACGGAUAGCCCGCUUUGUUCUUCCAGUUGGCGCAACCAUCAACAUGGAUGGAACCGCCCUUUAUGAAGCGGUAGCAGCCAUAUUCAUUGCACAAGUCAACGAGUAUGACCUGGACUUGGGACAGAUCAUAACCAUCAGCAUCACAGCCACAGCAGCAAGCAUUGGGGCAGCUGGAAUACCCCAGUCAGGCCUUGUCACCAUGGUCAUCGUGUUGACAUCGGUCGGCCUCCCCACGGAAGACAUCACCCUGAUUAUUGCCAUCGAUUGGGCCUUGGACCGGCUGCGGACAAUGACCAAUGUCCUUGGUGAUGCGCUCGCUGCUGGAAUCAUUGCACACAUCUGCCGAGAAGAUUUUGCCCCAAAACCACCCAAAGAGCCCAAGAACCAUAAAGUGAAGCCAUCCCUGGACCAUACCAAGAACCAUGUGGUGGAAAUCAUUGGAGAGGCUCAGAUGUCGAGCGGAGCAAGUAUCUGCCUGUACAAGGCCAAGUUGUCUGCUGCACAAAAUACACAUCAAAGCAAGUGCCGCUGGCUAUCUUGGUGGAUUACGAAUAUGCCAACAGCAGAUGCGCCAUGCCAGCUGUCAUAUUCAGGACGAAGAGAAACAAGAAGGUCUGUGCCAAUCCCGCUGACAAUUGGGUCCAGAAUCUCAUAAACCAUCUCCCUCCACCAAAGUGACCCUUUCCCCCCAUUUCCAGCUCCUUCUGAGGGAGAGAAGAGAAAGCAGAGCUUGAAUGAUCUCAAAAUGUUUAAAGAAAGGAAUUAGCCUUGCAAAAUGAAAAAAGUAUUAAAAGGAAUACCUCUGAGCAUGUGUAGAGUGCCUUUCACCACAAAGAUGUGUUUCCUUGUCAGGUCAGCUGGCCCUUCUCCUUAUCUCUUCACCAAAUCUUUGAAGGUUGGACACACAAAGGGAUAGAAACGUAACUCAAUUAACAUUUUCAAACAAAAUGGGGAAUUUAUUGCUAACUAAA